UACAUUGCACUUUUAAGUUUAAGGCUAAAUAACAUGGAAAUGGUUGGAAAUAAGUGAUGUUAUCUUCUGCAUGGGCAACUAAGGAUCACCUGGGACUAAACCGCAUGAUUCUACACAAUAUUUUCAUCAGCGUUUCAAGAUUCACACAAUACAGCUUUGUAUAGGUCAUGUUUAAUACAGAAGACCAUCCCCAUUUACGAUUAAAUCGUUUAACUGAUGAAUGGGUUAUAGUUUCACCUCAUCGUAUGAAAAGACCAUGGAAGGGGCAAGUAGAGAUAGAAGAAAAAGAAAAUGUUCCAAGAUAUGAUAUCAAUAAUCCGUUAUGCCCUGGUGCAACACGUUCGUCUGGAAAGGUAACGAGCGAAUAUACAAACACAUUUGUAUUUGAAAACGAUUUUCCUGCUCUGCUGGAACAUACACCAGAACCUGACAAAGAAAACGAUGAAUUAUUUCAAAGUAAAAAAGCUGAGGGUGUCUGCCGUGUGAUGUGUUUCCAUCCGUACUCGGACCUUUCGCUACCAUUGAUGAAAGUGGAAGAAAUUCAGAAAGUUAUAUCCACUUGGAUUGAGGAAUACACUGAAUUAUCAAGAACUUAUCCUUGGGUUCAGAUUUUUGAAAAUAAAGGGAAAAUGAUGGGAUGUUCAAAUCCUCAUCCACAUUGUCAGAUAUGGGGUUGCAAUUUUCUUCCAAAUGAGCCAUACAAAGAGGAUAAAAAUCAACAGGAAUACAUGUUGAAGAAGAGGAGACCGAUGUUACUUGAUUACGUCUUACAGGAACAAAAAGCAAAAAAACGUGUCGUCGUCCAAAAUGAGGAGUGGCUUGUCGUGGUGCCAUACUGGGCUGUGUGGCCAUUUGAAUUAUUAUUACUACCAAAAGCGCCAACACAGAGACUUAAUGAUCUUUCAUUAUCUCAACAGAACGCGCUGGCUGACAUCAUGAAAAUCUUCCUGACUAAAUAUGAUAAUUUAUUCCACACAUCAUUUCCAUAUUCAAUGGGCUGGCAUGGAGCGCCAACAGACAAGGACGGUAACCAUUGGCAACUACAUGCGCAUUAUUACCCUCCAUUGUUGAGAUCUGCCACUAUAAAGAAACAUCUGGUUGGAUUUGAAAUGCUUUCUGGUAACAUGAGAGAUCUUACGCCUGAAAAGGCAGCAGAGACCCUUAGAAGUCUAUCGAACGUCCAUUACAAGGAAGACGGCGACAAAAAAGAUAGUGCACGAAUAUAAUGUGCAAUAAAUUGGAAUUACCAGAAAAAAGGUACUACAAGCGACUCUGUUGGCUACUUAUCGAUUAUUUCAUAAUCGACUCGUUGCUACGAAGUAUAUAUACGAACUGAAAAAAUGUAGUUAAUUGAAUUUUUUACGACGCUAAAUAAUAUUGUUAAAACGUA